AUAGACGUCAUACCUUACCGCGCACGGGAUCAGGCUGGAUGUCCGAAGAUCCCAGAAGUUGCCUCUAGUCUUCUCCCCGGAAAUUAGGGCACAACCACAGACCGAAUGACAAUGCGCGAGAGUUAUUAAAACAAAUUCGCAAGAAGCGCCUUAGUCGAAUACCAUGGGUCAAUUUUACUCGCGUGAGUUCGAUGGCGACCCCUACAUUGACCUCAUGCGCUCGCUCCCGGAGCGGGAGCUUAUAUGGUGGGCCCAGAAGGUUAUCUGGCUAGCCGAGGGCUUCACCUUCGUGGACCACUUCACGCGCACCUACCCGCGCCUCUUCCAGCACACUUGUCCGCGCUGCAAGGGCGCCGGCGUGCUCACCUGCCCCACAUGCGCCGGCACCAAGGUGCCCCGCGGCGUGACACCCAGCCCCCGCAGGGCGGCCCUGGCGGCCGUGGGCGCAAACGCAACCUCCUCCGCACCAGCCCCAGCCUUGGCAGGGAGAGUGGAUAGAGGGGCCGGCUCGGCGCGGGAAAGGCUGCUAUCCGGCAAGCCUGCAGGCGGCGGCGGCGGCAGCGAGUCCGGCAGCUGCUGCAGCGGGGAGCACGCGGGCGGGCGGCUGGGCGAGUGCCGUACGUGCGGCGGCUCGUGCGCGUGGGACGCUGAGAGCGAGUGGAUGGACAAGUGGAACGAGUGGGAGGGGCGGCUGGCGUACUACGACAAGUCCACGGCGCCGCUGCUGGACGAGUGGUACGAGGACGUGGUGCACGCGGGCAACCUGGAGGAGGACACCCCGCCCCUGGAGGACGACCCGCCGGGGCCCGAGGUGGCGGGCGCCUGGGCGGAUGACGAGCGGCUGCUGGCCAAGGACAAGAAGCGGUUCGCGGCGCUCAUGCGGCGGUACGGACACCCGUACGACUCCGACCUAGUGCUGGGCUACCAGGUGGUUGACCCCACUGCCACGGUGGGCGAGAACGUGUGGAACCUGGCGCAGGCUCUCAACUCCGUGCCCCCGGAGUUGAACCCGCUGCGAACGGAGCACCUGCGGGGGGCGGAGCAGCUGGCGGCGGCAGGGGCGGGGGCGGGGGCAGCGGGGGGUGGGGAGCCGGCGGGGCCGCACCAGGCGUCGCUGGCGGCCCUGGCGGCGUUUGACCGGGAGAUCACCAUGGAGGCCGCCAUCAUGCAGAACCUGGAGGCGGCCGCGCAGGACCUGCCCAAGCCACACCGCUUCGGAGCCACUGCGGGCACCAUCCCCUGCACCGACUGCGACGGCGCCGCCUGGCAGUACUCCUUCUUCCCCAACACGCUGCGCCUGUUCGGCAUGGAGCGGCCCAGCUGGACCACCACACUGGCGCAGCUGAACAAGUACUGGAACCCCACCAGCCUGGCCGACCCCGACCGCACCGGACACAUGCUGCCGUACGGGGAACACGGCCUCCGUACACUGCUGGCCACCCCCGGGGGCAGCGACCCGCUGGAGGCCUUUGUGGGGCCCAAACCCAAAACCACCCGUCGCUACCGGCACGACCUGCAGCUGCUGGUGCAGCAGCCGCAGCUGCGGGACAGCCGGCUGAGGGUGGCCCCCGGGCUGCGCAACCUGGGGGAGCACCUGGACUGGGC